AUGCGAUUAAAUGACGCGCAACCAAAUGUAGCAUGCGUCGAUAUUACACGCGACGAAAUGUCGUAUGAGUCCAAUUGUCGUGCGACCAAAUUACCGCGACGAAAUAACGGGAUACCCUGUUCGAGACACCCGGACCAACUGUCGUCACUGCCAUCUCACGUUUCUACGGCCACCCUCUUGAACACUACCGUCAUCAAAGCCGCCGUCGUCGUCCCUAUCAAUUGUUCUGGACGCCUCUGGCCCACAUCGCUAUUACUAUACUCUGUUCCAAAAGAGAACGGUCAUUUCGGCCGACCGGUUUUUGUCGGUCGCUGCGCAUCUCCCACCAACGACCCAUAA